UCUUGGGGUGAAAGUGGGGAUCGGGCAACCCAAUGUAACAGCCUUGGACAGGUGACAUACUUGGCUCUCGCCUCUCAACAUGAUACCCUCCGUGGGACUACUCCACUAGAAAUGGCACUUCUGUCAGCACUAGAGAGACUUGAAAUGCCUUACAACCAUUGGUUUACGAACGUGACAAGAGUUCUCCCAACGGAGAUGGCUCAAUUACCCAGUUUGGCAGAGGUCAGAUUACAGAGCACUGGCGUCACAGGUACUCUUCCAAACAGUCUUGGGGGCUUUCAAUACUUGCAAAAUCUCAACUUACGGGACAACUACAUCGAUGGACCCAUUCCUACUGAGAUUGGUCUCCUAACAGACCUCAAGUACUUGGUGUUGUACGGGAACUAUCUGACUGGAACAAUCCCGACUGAGUUGGCCCAAAUGAAUUCCCUGGAGAGCUUGUCAAUCUAUGCAAACAAUCUGGUGGGGACGCUGCACAGAUCUAUCUGCUUCUUGCCAUUGCUACGUAAUCUCCGGUUGGACUGCAACUACAAAAUCUUCUGCCCACCCCAAUGCAACAACUGUGCAUGUGAAGAUGAACAAGGAGAAACAAGGCCCCCCAGGCCUCCACCACCAUCCCCGGCUCCCCUGGGCAAUGCUGACCUCGCACCAACAGCAGCUCCGAUGGGGCUGGCAUUGUUUCCCACAACAGGUCCUGCUUCCGGAUAUAUUCUCAACCUUCCAGGCUUCAGCGUUGCAGCCAUUGCAACUUCGUUUUCGCCUCAGUCAUUUGCCUACCAGUGGUUGGAAGACCAUCCUGACUUAUCGUCGAUAUCCGAACCCAGGAAGCAACAGCUUUUUGCCCUUGCAACAUUCUAUUACUCGUUUGGAGGUGAUGGGUGGGAUUUUAGGGAAAGGGAGAACUGGCUGAACUACGACCUGAGUGAAUGUCUUUGGGGGGACACUCGAGCACAAGCUAUCACUUGCGACUUUAGCGGGAGCCUCACAGAACUGGCGAUCUCAAGAGCGGGUGGUUUUAGUGGCGCUGAGAUCCCCCCAGAAAUGGCCCUCUUGACCUCCUUGGAAUCCAUCGAGCUUGAGUUUCUAGAAGACUUGGCAGCAGAUCUUCCAGGGCUCAUACCAGCGCAGUUGGCAUACUUGCCACUGCGAACAAUGAUUGUCAAGGAGACUGCUGUUUUUGGAUCCAUUCCAAGCCAGCUGUUGCUGUUGACAGGUCUCAGCAAUCUAAACUUGCGCGGAAAUGACUUGACUGGUACACUACCAACCGAGCUGGGUCUCCUGACGAAUCUUGAAUAUCUUACACUGUAUGACAAUGUUGGCAUGACGGGUUCAGUGCCGAGCGAGCUUGGCCUACUGACCUCGCUCCAGUUCCUUUUGAUUGAUAGGAUCCAAAUCGACGGCCCCAUCCCCGAAGAAGUCUGCUCUUUGCCGAAUCUGCGUACGAUCAGUGUCAACUGUGAUUUAGUUUUGGACUGCCAAGCUUAUUGCAGCCCAUGUUCAUGCUACAGCGAUUGA